AGGAAUUUUAAGGAGCAGGUUUUAGCUUCUUAAACACAGAAUCCCUGGGAUUCUGCCAGAAGGGAAGGCACGUGUGUGUUCACCUACCCUCCUGAGAAAAAGGAUAUGAAAGCCUCUCUGAGGAAAAGGGUGCAAGGACUAUAAAACUCAGCCUGGGACUGAUGACUUGAUACAGAGUCACUGGACUUUUGCCCUGUGGGAUUAUUCUUUAUUGCCUGAGGAGGGGUGAGAUUAUACAUGACCUGGCUGGAAUUGUGAGAAGAAGCUGACUGUCAAAGGGACAGACUGCUGUCUGGUGGGGGCAACUGAGCUGGAGUCACUGCAACACCAUGCCUGGCCAUGAGAGGAUAUGUUGGCAGCAAGCUGCAAGUUUUGGAUAGCUAAAAGCAGAAGAAGGAAGGGUCUUACUGAAUUAACUGAAAGGAACAAGAACUGAGGAAGUCAGAAGACCUCACACUUGAUUGAGUUAGUUUCAGAGAUGUGCCAAAAUGACACCACCACGACAAACUUGGUCAACUGCUCUAUUGAUGACUUCAAGCAAGCUGUUUAUCCCCCAAUAUAUCUCCCAAUAUUUGCCUUAGGUGUUUUUGGAAAUGUCAUUUCCAUAUAUGUUUUCCUGAAGCUUUACAGGAAAAAGAGUCCAGUGAAUGUUUUCAUGCUGAACUUGGCUAUUUCAGACCUCCUGUUUGUGUGGACUUUACCCUUCCGGGCCACCUACUACCUAAACAACUCUCAAUGGAUAUUUGGGGAUAUAUUUUGCAGGAUUGUGUCUUAUUCCUUGUAUGUCAAUAUGUACUGCAGCAUUUAUUUUCUAACUGUGCUGAGCAUUGUUCGUUUUGUGGCUAUUGUUCAUCCUUUCAAACAUUUGAAACUAACCACUAUCAAGUAUUCUAGAAUCAUAUGUGCGGUGAUAUGGGGUUUUGUGAUGACAGUUAGCAUUGUGCUGCUGGUCAAGGAAUGCACUAGCCCGGACUACCCACGCAGGUGCUUAGAUCUCCAAGAUGAUAGCGUACAGAAGAUGUUAGUGAUGAACUUUAUUGUCUUGGUAGUGGGUUUCUUCCUCCCAUUUUGCACAAUAAUUUGCUGCUAUGUGCUUGUGAUCAAAGCUUUGCUUAAGCCCAGGGUUCCAAAAGCGAAGAUAAGAGCUUCUCAUAAGAAGGCAGUGUCAACCAUUGUCAUCACUUUAUUCAUGUUUCUGCUUUGUUUCCUGCCAUAUCACAUACUAAGAACUGUCUACUUGCUGGACAAAUGUAAGAUCAUUAUGCUCAACUCUUGCAAGUUGCUGGCUAAAGGGACAGUCAUCACUCAUUCCCUUGCUGUAGUGAAUAGUUGCCUAGAUCCUGUACUCUACUACUUUGCUGGAGAAAACUUCAAAGAGAGACUCAAAAGUAUAUAUAAAAAGUAGAGGAUGAAGAAUCAAAUGGACAUUCCUUAUUGGGAGAAUUUUCUAGUGAUCAAACCCCAGGACUAGAGGUUGAAAGAUCAUAGGUCUUUUAAUCUAUGUCACUGACUUUCCAUGUGACCUGGGGUGAAUCACGUAACUCCGUGCCUCCAUUUCCCUAUCUGUAAAGUGGGACUAUUCAGAGGGGCUAGUAUCUCUGAACACCGUGUGAAUUUUCUUCAUAAACAGUUGUAAAGAGGUCCAAGAUCCCACCCUGAGAUCAUGCCUAUUUCUCUUCCACCUAGUAAAAACCAGCCCAAAAGAGGCUUAUGUCCUUUAAGAAGCCCUCUACUCCAGAGGACUUCAUUUACUGGUAACACAAACUGACAAAAUAGACCUUUCAUUUUGGGAAACAGACUGGGUCUCUAGUUUUGUCAUCUCUAAACUCUUGCUUUUCUCUCCCCAAAAGCACCUACAAGCCCCUUGCAUUCUGGGUCCACCUGUUUCCCAAACCUGGGAUUACUGGUCCCUCCAUCAGAGUUGCCUCUCCAUUGGCUACUCCAACCCUCAGAGCAUAGUCUCAGUGUUUUUCAAUACCCUGCUCCCUCCCUAGGUAUUACCUUUAAUUUCAGGCCUCUUUUCUUUAGUAACACCUCUUUUUUUCUUUCCCAUCCAGGGAGCAUCUUUAGACUGCUCAGGCAUCCUUUUUAUUGGGAUCAGGUGCUGCAUCACUAACUGGCCAAUAAGCCACCACUGGGAGUACGUAAUUGCUCUCAGGUGGAGUUUAGGGGGCCAUCGUAGGCCAGUUAAGCCUCGAUUCGCUUUGAAGGGCUACUUGCCCCAGGAUAAAAGGGUGUGGAGAAACUUGGAAGGAUGAUAUUAUAGAAAUGCAAAGUAUUAUUUUCAAUAACUAACACUGAGAUAGCUUAUCCAAAAAAUACAGUGGCUUUCAAAUAUGUACUAAUAUAAACAUUUCUGAAUCUUCCAUUAUUCCAGACACACUUUCUAAGAUUUUGUCUAAUGAACAUACUCUUAAAGAGCACCACAACAAACCAUUUCUUUGUGACAUUAUAUAAAGUAAUUGGACUAUUAAAACAUAAGAGCAAUAUUCACAUAGACACACACAGUGCUUUUUGAUUCUUGUUUACACAUGUCACCAUUUUAGGUGACCCCUGCAAUAUUUUUAUGCUUCACUUUGCUGGAAGUUAGUUGAAGAAUUGGCCAGUUUGUGGAAGUUGCUUACCUAAAGGUAGGCAGCUGAAUCUAUAUUUAGGAGCCCAGGGCCAGACUUUUAAACUUAUUUAAGCACAGCUAAAUGCCUAAUAGGAUUUUCAAAAGCACCCACAUGCCUAACUCUCACUUUUGAAAACCCACUAGACAUCUAUCUGCAUCCUUAAGUACCUAAAUACCUUUAAAACCUUGUUUUUUAAAUAUGAAAAAUUAGGCCUCUUAGAGAGGUUUCAAGCAGUUAUAGUGGCUAAAUAGAAAGACUUGACCACAUGAAAAACAAUAAUAGAUUCUGCUCCUUUUUGAGCAAAUAUCAGGAAUUUUCUGGGUUGAAAUUUGCCACAUUUGUCAUGAAAACAGCCUGUCAUGUUUGAAACAAUAUUGAAGAAAGGGUUUUUUUUCCCCUCUCCCCACAAUCCAUUCAAAACAGAUGAUUUCUGGCAGUGUGAAUGUUUUCCCAAUACUCUAUUCUUCACAAGAAUAAAGCAUUAUGUAAAAAAAAUUGUUAAACAAAAAUAGCUGCAAUCAGUUAAUUUCAGCUCUAUCUCAAAUGCAAGGAAAACAAAUCAAUACUUGCCAGAUGAACAAGUGUAUAUCAUUAUAAUUGGUAGAGUCAUAUUUUUCUUAAUUACUCAAUAAUCAAUCUGUUUCCAUCAUUUUAGUACACUUUUGGUAACAGUAGAGAGUUUUAUCAUAAUUCUCAAUAUACUAACUUUUUGUUUAUAGAAUAUGUAUCUCUGUAUUUUAAAUAAAUGUGUUACUCCUAGGGUAAUUCUGCGCCACUCCGCAUGUGCAGAAUUUAUGUCCCCCACAGAUUUCUUUGCUUCCCCACAGAAAAAUGACUUUCUGAUGGGGCAGCAAAGGGAAGCCACAAGAGUGGUCACGUGACCCUUCCCAGGGCGGCCAGCAGAGAGGUAAAUCACUAUGGGGCAGGUGAUGGAAGUGGGGAAGACCUGGCUGGUGGCUCCUACCCAGCUGCUAGUCCUGACUGGGAUGGGGAGGACAGGACUUCCUCU